UCCUUCCCUCUGCUCCAGGACGCCCUCUCUCCCGCCCACUGGGCGCCGCUGGCUAGCUGGGCCACAGAGAGAGCCUCCAGCAGGGUAGAGUGACAACUCUCAAGCGGAAGUUCCUGUUGACGCUAGGGCAGCCAUAACUGAUAAUGGCAACGGGAGUUUCCUGGCCUCCCGUCUCCUGUGUGACGUAGUUUUCCCUUCGCCCAGACCCACAGUUGCCCUGGGCAACAAUUGAGCCAUCAGGGAAGAGAAGCAUCCUUCCUUCGGUAGGUUUGAGUCAACACCUGUCAGUCAUCUUCGUAAUACCGGGUUGGAUACCUAAAACUGCGGGGAAAAAGGAUCAGGAGAACUUUCAGGACGAGACUGUAUCCAACACUUCAGAUAUGGCAGAAAUGAAGUCGAUGUUCCGGGAAGUUCUUCCAAAACAAGGGCAGUUGUAUGUAGAAGAUAUACCCACAAUGGUGCUAUGUAAACCCAUACUUUUACCAUUAAGACUUAUGACUGUGCCAAAACUGGAGAAAAUACAGCAAACAGCACAGGAUACAAUUCGCCAACAGGAAAUGACAGAAAAGGAACAACAGAAAAUAACUCACUGAACAACGGUAUCAAAACAUAAUCAAAACCCUAAAAAUGGAAAUUAAUAAGGACUUGAAAGAGCCCAUGAAAUAAAAUGAAUGUAAAUUUGGAAGUUUUAUUUCUAAAAGACUGUAGCUAGACCUGUAAUGGGUAUGUUCCUAGGAAUACCUUUGUAAAUUCUGAAUAUAAUUCUUGGUUGGUUUGCUGCAGUUGGUAAUAGACAAUUUAAAUUAGUAUGGACCUUGAAGCCUUGCUGAGUAAUUAGGCUCUGCAAAAGAGGUUAGAAAUGUGAUCUUCCUUUAGAUAACUGUUAUCAGUAACUACUAUUUUCUCAUACACUGACUAAAUGUAAAACUUUGAGUCUUUGAAGAAUAAUAUUUUAUAACACAAGCAUUAGUUGGUAAUAGAACUUAAUGAUGAAAGGUAUAUAUGUUUAGAAAUUUCAUUAAGUUCUAGAUAAGAUCAAAAACAAGGAAGUGUGCAAGUAUUUCCCAAGUAUAAUAUUAAAAUUAUUUACUACUGUACUCGUUUUAAAAGUUUGCCAAGAGCAAAGUUUAAAUUAACUAGGUUCAAAUAUGCUUUUAUAUGAUUUAAAAUUUGCUGUGGGAAAUAAGUUUUUUAAAAGAUCUAAAAUAAAUGCACUCCAAAUAAAGAAUCAACACUGCUUCA